AUGUCCUUCCGUAGACCUUCUCUUCCACCUGGUCGCCGCGUAAAUCCAUCAACAGACUCGUGCCAGCAGACCCGCACUGACGCUACGCCUCCAUGUCAAUCCUCAGGUGGUGACCCGAUGGAUAUCGAUUCCGAGCCCAGUGCCACUUUCUCCAGACGACCAAUCUCCACGGGACCCGCGGCAAUCUCACGUCCUUCGAGACCGACCGGUGCGCUCUUUACAAUGCUCCCGGAUGGAUCGAAGAUGUACAGUUACAUCUUCGAAGUCGAUAUUUCCAACCAUGCACAAGAACUUACCGAUCUCGAGAUUCUCGAGUAUGCGCACAAUCAAAUGGGGUUUCUGGAGCGAGCAGAUCUGCGCGAUGGUGCCAUGCGCCAUAUAAGAGAUUGCCGAACUCGACUUCGCGUGACGAUCGAUACCAAGAGUAUCGGUCGUCUUGACGCUCUUGGGGACUGUCGAAUGCGGAUGUUGGUCAUGCAAGAAAUGAUCAAUGCGGGAAUGGGGUGGUUUCCGGGUUUGCCUUGGAGGGCGAAUCAUUUUCAUGUUGAGGUCCUCUAUCCACGAGGCUAG